ACUAGUAACUAUGUCGACAUGUCAGCAACGUGAUUUGUGCACGCGAUCUUUUCAAAAGGAGGCAAAUCCGUUUAAAUUCAACAGGGGACAUCAGUAUCAAUCGGAAGGUGUAAAUAUCUCGCUAAGUAACUUGCUAAUUGCUACGUGGUUGACUGUUAAAAUACCAGCAUCGCAAAAGUAUUACCAAGGAAGUUGUAUAACAAUAACAUUCUCAGUUUACAAUGUCUAUCUAGAUGGUGGUACAGUGUAGUGCUUAACCUAUCAACAUAUAUAAAUUACAGAUACAUGUAUAUGGAAUAAAAACAUAUGGUAGAGCGAAAGCUCGAGGUUCAUAAUCCGUUGAACAGCAUGUUCAAUUUGAAAAGCGUGACUAAAGAAGCUACUAGGUUAUUAUGGAAUUCAGUAGGCAGUUAGGUCUUAUCGAAUGGAUUAUGAGAUCUUAGGCCACAUAGCGGCUUUCCUCUGUACUGUAGUAGAACUUCAGGUCUCUUGUUCUGCACAGUUAUGCUUUGACCAUAUGCAUGUUAUGACUUGUUUUAGUGGUACAUAGAUCUCGUGGUCGGGAAGAAGAUACAUAACCGUGCGACCACAGCCGUGCGACCUUGCUUUGGUUGCAGUCUGUGGGUCAAAUGUCAACUGUGACGUACAAACCAUUGGGGUCACCGAGAGGACAGCGGCCGGUGGGAGGGUUCGUGGUCUUUGUGAGCUGUUGUGCUGUAUGUAUAUAAAACCAAUAAUAGAGGAUGUACCUCACAUUGACACGAUCAUUCCCGUGCUAUGUGAUGUCCAGCAAAAGAUAAAGUGACAACAGACAGGUAAGAACAUGUCGUGAAUCUGAUUGAUGUAAAACGAUGCUACUUGUUCAAGAAAACCCCAUACUGAAGUGAAAGCCAAUCCACCGUUAUCUGACAAUUGAUGUAACGUUACCAUAUUGUGAUGAUGCUGAAUUUUACUACAAAAUAAAUGUAUCAAAGAAUCAGUUUUGUCGCAGGAUACACAGUUGUUGGCAUCGAAUCAAAUCAUUACUUGUCUAGUACUCACUGCAGCGAGGGAGGCACAAAGUGCAAGUACAAGACCCCAGGACGCCUUCCACAACGGAAUGGAGCAAGAGAAAGGCGACAGCGAGACGUCACCCUUGCUUAAUGGACAUAUCGGCUCAAGGCAUGUACAGCUCGACACAGAUAGUACCCCGGAUGUUGUGACAUACGGGAGUGUGACGGACGAAAACACGAAAGUAGUCGCCAAUGGCACAGAGACUACUGAGAAGAAAGAAGGCUUCAGUUGUGUGAGGGCAUCAAAAAGACAGAUCCUGUCCUUCUUCUGCGUCGCUUUUCUGAACUUUUCGGGGAUGGCCUGCUACGCUAUAAUCACGCCGUUCUUUCCGAGUGAGGCUUUACGACGAGGGGCCUCGCAGACUACAGUAGGAUUUGUAUUCGGAUGUUUCAGUGCAGUUCAGUUUCUAGGAGGGCUGGUCUUCGGCAAAUUUAUCACAACUGUUGGGUCGAGGUUCGUGUUGAUCAGUGGCGUGUUUGUGGCAGGGAGCUGUUCGCUGUUGUUUGGGCUCCUAGAGUACACGGAAGGAACAACAUUCAUCGCCUUCUGCUUUGCCAUUCGGUCUAUGGAAGCCCUGGGUGUCUCCGCGCACUUGACUGUAGCGACAACCAUUCUGACCCACGAGUUUCCCAACGACAUAGCGAAAGUCAUGGGGAUCCAGGAGAUUUUCGUAGGACUCGGCAUGAUGGCGGCUCCUCCCAUCGGGGGUGUCCUGUACAACCUUGGCGGGUUCAAACUGCCGUUCUUCACGGUGGGGGGUCUGAUGUUCUGCUGCUGCGCGGUGCUGGCUGUCCUGGUCCCGCCACAAGUCGAUAAACAGGAAGGCAAAAGGGACGUGUCUUUGCUGUACUUCCUUAGGAUCCCAACCGUCAUCAUGACUUGCGGAGUAACCGUUGUGCUCUUCUCUACCAUUGAGUAUCUUAACCCUGUGUUGCAGCCAUACGCUACAAAAGAGUUCAAUCUUACUUCUCCGCAAGUUGGUCUGAUAUUCCUGCUUCUGGCCUGCGUGUACGCCCUUUUCGCGCCGGCAUGGGGGUGGCUGGCUGACAAAAAGAAAUAUGCCAGGAUUAUGAUGACAUUAGGACUGCUCGUGCUCUCAGCUGGGACGCUCCUCAUUGGUCCGUCACCCCUCCUGACGGACUACGUCACACUUCUGCCUAAAGCACUAUGGAUAAACAUCGUCGGUAUUGUAGUCAUUGCACCGUCCACCGGCUCAGUUUUAGCAAAUCUCUUCAAUGUGAUGCUUUGGGCGGCCAGCGAUGCAGGUAUGGAGACCGACUUUGCUACUUACGGCCUGGUAUCUGGAACUUUCGGUGCAUUUAUGAGCAUGGGGUCAUUUCUGGGUCCGACAGUGAGCAGUGCGCUGGUAGAGAGGUUUGGGUUGCCAUGGGCCUCAACAGCAUUCUCAGGGUAUAUCUUAUUUUCCAUGUUGCUGGUGGUCGCUUUUACCAUCGGUGAAAACGUGUACAAGAGAUGCCAUGCUGGACCAUCAACUGAGAAGGAAGCUCAUCUUAAAUAAAGGAUUGUAAAGUCCUCAUGCCAAUAUCAACUACAAGGAGAUGUCGUUUGAUUCUGCGUCUAAUACAUCAUCUAUGAGAAUGUCUUCCCAAAACCUGUGAGGGGAAAAGAGAAACUACAUCAAGUCUAACAAUAAAGUUGGCAAUAUCUUGAUGUCACAUACUC